UUUUCAUCUGAUUCACUCAUUCAAAUUUCCGUGUUACCACUAAGAAGAUGAAUACGAACUUGGCGGGAUUAGACUUUUUAAGUCUCAUGGAAGCUUCCUGAUUAGGCGAAUUCUUUGAUGCUGUAAGAUGGUAAAUGAAGAUGGGGGGUUCUAGUUAUAAAAGGGAAUAUUUUCGCAAGUCAAUUCCAGUUUGUCUCAACAGCGACAAGUCGACAGUAUCUCAUUCAAAUCACCAGGCACCAAGCCAUCGAGUCUCUUAACCAGUCAAUCAAUUACCCCAAACCACAGCAACCCUCAUCAUGGCUCGCAUGAUCUUCGUCAACCUCCCCGUCACUGACGUCGUCGCCUCCACCGCCUUCUACGAAUCCCUCGGCUUCCCUAAGAACCCCAUGUUUUCCGACAAGAACACCUCCUGCAUCAUCAUCUCGGAGCACAUCUACGUCAUGAUCAUGAUGCGCGACACCUUUCAAGGAUACAUGCCGAAGGAGCCCGUCGAGAAGACCAUCUGCGACGCGAAGACGUCCACCGAGACGCUCCUGUGCCUCUCAUGCGAACGAAAAGAGGAGGUGGAUGAGCUGGUGGAGAAAGCGGGGAAGGGAGGGGGGAGGAUGGACACGACGAAGUCGCAGGAGAUGGAGAGGAUGUAUGGGCGGAGCUUUGAGGAUCUGGAUGGGCAUGUAUGGGAGACGGUCUGGAUGGAUAUGGCGGCGUUCGAGAAGGAGCAGGAAGGGUGCCCGGCGAAGCAGUGCGGUGGUACUUGAAUACGUGGUGGAAGAGGGGUGUUUCGCUGGGAAUCGUUUCCUCGUUUCGUUGGAACGCUGGAUUUCGAGAUGAUUCCUAGUGGUAAUUGACAUUAGCCAGAAUAAGAUAGGGGAGAAUUGUCUCAUAGGAGACUUUCCGCUACUAUCAAAAUCAAUUGCAA